GUCAGGCGAGGGGCAGGCCCGAGCCUUCAGAAAGCGACGCGAUUCGAUUGGCUGAGAUCGAAGAUUAGGACUCCCCCUUCUCUAUGGGGCUUUAGUGGUGUAAAGCUGAGGAUUAUGAUGUGAGGGCAGCCAGUGAAAGAAGAGGAAACUGAGUAGUCAGCUAAGGAGGGAGCAGGGGUCAUAGUUAGGAUUUCACCGCUGGUGAAGGAGGAUGAUUGGGGAUCGUUAGCUAUGCCUGUGCCAUGUUGACCACUGAUGGACGGCCUUCAACCUUCGGACACACUGCAACAGCUUUGGACAUUUGGAUUUUAAUGUGAUUAUGUGGGUUCUGUGAGAACUCCUCUCAUAAAAAGGAAAAAAACUGCAUACUUUCUGUGCCUGUCCCAGCCGUGGUGGCUGGCCUAACCAAGCCGGGGCAGAUGAAGGUGAAGUGGACCCAGCUGGGCUUGGUCUUCUUCCUGCUUCUCUCCCUCGUCAUGACGGGCUGCUUCCUGUGGCAGUACCAGAUACCCAAGCUACAGCCAGAUGAAAAUGUGGAUAAAGAUUCCAACACCGAAAAGAUGUGCCCCCAUUUCCCUGAACCCACACCCCUGGAGCACCCCAUCCAUCACCUGAGAGCAGCAUUAGAGAAGGUGGAUGUCCUCCUGCGAUCCAGUGUGCACGAAACCAGCCUCCCUGCUUUGUCCGCCAUCGUUAUCUACAACGACUCGGUGCUGUGGACCGGAAACUUCGGCAAACGGAACAGGAGUGACCCCCGCUCAGGCCCGCCUAACGAGUACACAAUAUACAGGAUUGCCAGCGUCUCUAAGCUCUUCCCCACGCUGAUGCUGUACAAGCUGUGGGAGGAAGGGAAGGUGGGGUCCCUGGACGACCCGCUGGAGAAGUACGUGGACAACUUCACCAUAAAGAACCCUCUGGGGAGGCUCCGGGACUCGGAGCUCAAGCACGUGACCGACGGCCUGAUCUUCCUGGACAGCGGGGAGGUGCCCAUCCGCUCCUCUUCCGUCACCCUGCGGAGGAUGGCCAGCCAACUGUCCGGUUUACCCAGAAGGCUUAGGGCCACUAACCUACUCUGGAAAGGAAAGACACAGGCAGCUCUCAACCUCCUUCAAGACGACGUCCUGGUGGCCGACCCAGGCACCAAGUGCCACUACAGUAACCUGGCCUUCUCCCUGAUGGCACAUGUGCUGGGAGAGAGGGUGCUAGGACUGGACUACCAGCGCUGGGUCUCCGACAACAUCCUGGAGCGGCUGGGGAUGGAGGACACGGGCUUCGACAUCACGCCCGGGAUCCAGAGCCAGAUGGCGGUGGGCGUGUACACCAGCGGGCAGCCGGCGCCGCUCUACGACCUGGGCUGGUACCGGCCCUCGGGGCAGAUGUACUCCACCACGGCCGACAUGGCCAAGCUGGCCAUGAUGCUGCUGGGGGCCCACAGGCGCAAGCUGCUGGAGCCCGACACCCUCAAGGUGAUGCUGACGCCCCUCUUCCGCUGCGACAAGAGCUACUUCGCCAACCGCACGGGCACCCCCUGGGAGGUCAACGAGCAGCUGGGGUACGAGGUGGUGCGCAAGGACGGCGACCUGGACGGCUACUCGGCCUCCUUCUCCCUGGUGCCCCGCAUGAAGCUGGGCCUGGUGCUGCUGAUGGCGGGCACCAAGCCCCAGGACCAGGACGUGGUGGCCCAAGCCUACGCCCACCUCAUCCCAGCCAUGGAGACCGCCUUCAGGGAGGCCCGUCGCGUCCUGGCGGCCCCGCCCAGCGCCGCGCCCUACGUGGGGUUCUUCACCUACAGCAACAUCACCUUCUACGAGAUCCGGGCGGGGCCGGACGGGGUGCUGACCAUGCAGCAGUUCGGGCCCCACAUCGAGAACCUGAUCCCGGAGCAGUACAGGACCAUAAAGCUCAACUUCCUGGAGGACCGGGUCUUCAGGGUGGUGUUUGAGACGGAGUACCCCUGCGUCUUAACCGUCAACUCCGUCUCCGUUUCCCUGGAGGCCCAGGACAGACAGCUCUUCAAUUUUUACAUCUUCGAUAAGAAGGGCGUGUCCCCUGGCUUCGACGCACCCGGUCUUAACACGUACAAUGUGGUCCGGAUACCCCAGAAGCCCUCCUUCUCCAGCUGAGCUCUUCCAUGAACUGAGUCUAAGGACAAACAGCACAAAAGGGGACAUUCUGACCUUUUGUGCAGAAGCAGCCCAGGAUAUUAUGAAUAUGCUGACUGUUUCUUUGAGCAUCAGUUUUUCCGUUAUAUAUUCCUUCCUGUUCUUGUCCAUCUAUUCAGUAGGGCAUUUUUUUUUUAUAAAUACUGAUUAAGGCAUGGUAGUUGUGCAUAUUAAUCCACAUUUUUCUAUAAACGUGUUGACUAAAGUUAUAACAUGUUGUACAUAGUUUUUUUGUUUCUAUUUUCUGUCUCAUGUUCUGUGUUAUUUGUAUCAUUUUUUGUUAUGUGUCAGAAAAUGCAUUUUACAGGCUGAGGAUGCUCUGUAAAGAUGUAUAUCCUCCUGUGUGAGACAAGUUAUUUGGAAACACGUAUAGCGCUUUUUCACAACAUGGUCAUGUUCAGUUUUGACUGCGCCAUCCUUUCAUAAAGAGGAAAAGUUUCACAGAACGGAUUUACAUUUACAGGUUUUCCUUCCAGUACUCAAGUCUAGAAAUAGGAUUAGCACUAGGAUCAGGAUUAACAGAAAAUUGGACAUGUCUAAUGAUAACUAUAACUGCAAAAAUAUAAAUAUAUUUGUUUUAUAAUACCAGAAACUUUGUGCUAUGAAAUGUCCAUAACACACUAAAAUUCAGUGGCUGGCAGCCCUUUUUAUAAUGUGAAAGUGGACAUCAAAAAGUGAAUGAUUUUUCAAAGACUACUUUGGGGUCAAAUCAAAAUUUAAUUCUAAGUUCAUAUUUUUUUUUAUCAUAGUGCCUUUAUCUGGCCAAUCAACACAAUUUGAAUUAGAUAAUUGCUAAAUUAGCAUAGCAUUAUUUCUACUCACAGUAAAUUAGGCAUACAGUAUGCUGUAUGCUGUUUUAAGGAGAAACUUCAAAUAUUAUGUGAGGACCAUUUAAGUCUGGUUUCCUGUUUUUCUUGUUUAAUUUAUAUUGCAAAGAACUGUGGGCGAUGUGGUGAGAAGCUCAUGUGGGAUGAAGGUCAUGGUCAUUUGUUGCAUUUUGUUCUAUACUGUUAAAAUUCUGCAAGGAAAAAAAACCUGUGUUCACCAUAACAGUUUGGAGUUAAAUACUUAAUACUUAGCAUUGUAAAUGGUAAAUGGACUGCAUUUAUAUAGCGCUUUUAUCCAAAGCGCAUUACAAUUGAUGCCUCUCAUUCGCCAGAGCAGUUGGGGGUUAGGUGUCUUGCUCAAGGACACUUCGAGACGCCCAGGGCAGGGUUUGAACCGGCAACCCUCUGACUGCCAGACAAUCGGUCUUACCUCCUGAGCUAUGUUGCCCCCCCGUUGUCACCAAACAAAACCAUAUAGCUACCCAAAGUAGGGUUGCAAAAACCGAACAACAUCCACAUGCACUCACCUAGAGUAAUCAUUUAGCUAGCCAGCUGUAUUUAGCAACAUGGAUGUAUUAAUGGCUACUUAAUAGAGCAAGCUACCUAUGUAUAUAUAGCCUGUGUCUUGCUAGCUACUGUAGGUACAAUAUUUCUGAGUAUUUAGUCAGAUUUUUAUUUUUUGCUGUAAUAGUUCAUAAAUAUUUUGAAGCAGUGUUCUCAUCCACUUACGUGAAAUCAAAAUCAUCACCAUGCAUGGUUAAAAAACAUCUCUAGGUUGCUAGCUAACUGUAGCUCAUACCACUGUGAGUUAGCGGAUGAGUGCUAAUGGACAUAUGCCUGAGGUCUGGUAUUAAAUCAGGUGGGACUAUGAUUUAGUGGAGAUCAUGUG